AUGGAUUUCAUAGACUAUGACACUUUCCAAAGUACUGACAACUCCUCAGAUAACCUCAAAAAUCCAUUACCAGAACCAGCUCCCCCUUUGAUCUUGCCCAUAAACCCAGAUUUCACAAAUAGAUUCAAAAACUUAUCCUUGUUGAAGAAAAACUUGCCAUUGAAUCAAGAUAAUAACAAUAUAACCACCUCUGAUAACGAUGUCAACAUUACAAGCAAAACUGCAGAGAAAUAUGCUAAACUAUCAAUUGAUCUAUUGAACACGAAUCAUAAUCAAUCUCAUGAUAAAAUGAUUUCAGAUUUACCAACCACAACAACAGCAUCAAAUACAACUGACCAAACCAGCAAACUCAACGACCAUCUCCAUUCUAAUGCAUCAAAAUCAAAUAGCUCAGUAUUGAGUACUAGACUUUCCAACAUUUUGAACUCUUAUGAUAAUAAUGAUCCAAAUCUAAGAGAUGCAUUGUUGAUCUUGCAAAAAAAAUCAAAUCUUGAAGUGGAACAAUUGAUAAGGUCGGACUUGCUAGGUUCUAUUGCAAGAAGAAACUUCAGAAGUGAAAUUGAAGGUGAUUUGUUAAAACAACAUACUAAUGUCUUGAGAGAAUUCCAACCAGUUGUGACAAAGAUUGAAAACAUUGGGACCAAGAUCAAUAAAUUGAAUGAUAUAAACAACAAUUUACAGAGUUUUGAUAAACUAGAUCCGGAACUAGUAUCAAAGAUUGAAGAAUUAUCAAAUUCCAAACAUUUAUUAAUCUUGAAGAAAUCAUUAUUAACAAAUUUCAAAAAAAAAUUCACAUUAAAUCAAUAUGAAGAACAUAUUUUAACAAAUGAAGAUAUUUCAAUUGAAUUUUUCAAAGUUUUAAACAAAUGUAAAAAAAUUCAUUCAAAUUGUUCAAUAUUGUUAACUUUGGGUAAUCAAAAUUUAGGUUUGAAAAUUAUGGAAAAGAUGAAUAAAUUUUUAGAUUUAUCCUAUCAAAGAAUUUCAUUUUUUCUAGAGAAUCAAUUAUUGAAAAAUUUAAAUGAAGAAAACUUAUCAAAUAAUAAAAAUAUUAAAUUGUUGAAAAUUUCAAUUUUCCAUUUAUCUGAUAAUGUUAGAUAUUUUGAUGAAUUAUUAUCAAAAUUAAUUCAACAGCGUUCCAAAACAAUUGUUGAUGAAUUCUUAUACCAAUUGAAUAAUGCUGACUCAAAUGAUGUUUCAAGACCUAUUGUACUAUCAGCUCAUGAUCCAUUAAGAUACAUUGGUGAUAUAUUGGCAUAUGUUCAUUCAGUUAUCGUUAAUGAAGUUGAAUUUAUACAAAAUUUAUUUCAAAAAAUAGAUUCGUCAGAAAAUGAUGAAUUGUACAAUCAAAGAUCAGAACUAGAGGAAGCUUUGAUUCAUGUGGAGAAUUUCCAAAAUGUUGAUGAUAUUGUAAAUGACACUUUGGUUAAAAUUAUUAACGGAUUAAGUCGACCACUCAAGAUUAGAAUUGAACAAGUUAUUAGAAGUGAAAAACAUUUGGAUGUCAUACCAAAGAUUUCAAAUUUGUUGGACCUUUUCAAAAUGAUGUAUGAAAAAAUUCUACCUAAAAAUUUAAAAGAUUGUUCAGUUAUUGAAAGUUUGGAUAGUUUAAAAUCAUUAUGCAUUGAAAAAAUCUUUGGGCUGUUGAAAGAGAAAUUAACUUUGAUUAAAAGUGACAAUAUUGGAUUGGAUGAUUUAUUAUUACCACCUGACUGGGUUAGAGAUUAUUUCACAGACGCAUUAGUUAUAUUUCAAGAUAGUAACAUCGGGUCAGAUUCAAAUGUUUUCGGUCUUUCAGAUGAGUUAUUUGAGAAUUUAUCAAAUUUGAUUGUUAAUAAACCAAUUGAAAUCUUGUCAGAACAUUCAAAAUCUCUUGAGGAUGGAAGAAAUAUUAAAAUUUUCAAAUUGAAUGCACUUGAUCUAAUCCAAACUAAAAUCAUAACAACAACUCAAUUGUCAAAGAAAUGUGAUGAAGUUAAUGAGUUAAUAACAAGUUUGAAACAAGAAUUGAUUGAGCACCAAUAUGAAUUGUUAUUAAAAGAUUCAGAUCUUUCAAUUCAUCAACAACUAAUAACCUUGAUUUUCCCAAUUGAUCAAAUUGAAACAGAUGAUGAUUAUGCAAUGUAUGCUUCAUUAAUUGAAAACAAACUAUUUGGUAAAGAAAAAUUACAAGAAAUUGAAACAAAAUUACAUGAAUUUUUACCAGUUGCAUUAAUUGAAACUCAACAAUCACUUUUCAAAAUUUCAUCACCAACAAUUGCAAAUGAUAUAAUUACUGAAAGUUCAUUGAAAUUUUUGAAUUUGUACAAUGUCUUUUAUAAGAUCUUGCAAGAAAUAUACCCAGAAGACCAUUUAUUAGAAUGGACUACAUAUGAUGUUACUACUUUACUUGGUGUUGAAGAAGUUUAUAAAGAUUCAUUAUAA